AUGGAUCAGAGGCUCCACGAAGCAGCAAUCCAAGGCGAUGUCAUAAUAUUACAUCAAAUAGUCAAAGAAGAUCCACUAGUUCUUCAUAGAGUUAACUCCGGUUGGUUCGGUGGGAGUCCUUUGCAUGUGGCUGCAUUGUACGGACAUGCAGACUUCGUGACCGAGGUUCUGCAUCUGAAUCCAGAACUUACUGAAGUUCUGGACUCUUCACAACACUCAGCCCUUCACUUAGCAUCAGCUAAAGGGCACGUUAAGAUUGCACAAACGUUGAUAUCUGCAAAUCCAGACAUAUGCUUAGCUCGUGACAAAGAUGGUAGAAACCCUCUCCAUCUUGCCGUCAUGAAGGGUAAGGUUGAUGUAUUGAAAGUGUUGGUACAAGCCUGCCCACAUGCCGCUCAAGUUACCAUGGACCGAGGUGAAACCAUCGUACAUCUAUGUGUGAUGCACGAUCAAUUAGAUUCUCUCAAGCAAUUAGUGAAUACUAUUAAAAGUAAAGAGUUUGUGGAAGCAAAAGAUGGUAGAGGCAAUACCAUAUUACAUCUAGCUGUGGCGAAUAAACAAAUUGAGGUCUUAAAAUACUUGCUUACUAAUGCGACGGUAGAUGUAAAUUUAGCCAAUGCUAGCGGGUACACAGCAUUGGACAUUUUUGCACAAAUUAGAAAGGAUAUGAAAAUUUCUGAUAAUAUCAUAGAUAGUAUGGAAGAUGAACUCCAAAAAGCUGGAGCCAUAAGAGGCAAGGAUCUCACAUGGGUUCAGUGGCUGCCAAAGAAAAAGGAAACAUUAAUGGUGGUGGCAUCACUCAUUGCAACAAUAGCUUUUCAAGCGGGGGUAACCCCUCCGGGCGGUGUUUGGCAAGAUAAUUCAAAUGGACAUAUAGCUGGGGAAGCUGUAAUGGCUUAUAAUUUUCCAGAAUUAUUCCCGCAUUUCCUCCGUGCUAACACGAUGGGAUUUGUUACAUCUCUGAGCACAAUCAUGCUGCUCACAAGUGGAUUGCCAUUUAAGAGAAAGAUUUUCGUGUGCAUUCUUGUUGUGCUCAUGUGGCUGACAAUUACAUCAAUGGCAGGAGCAUAUGCAAUUUCUAUUAUUGUGAUCGCACCAAAAAUUUACAAGACAUCACUCGGUCAUACUACUGUAAUUGCACUCACCGUGUGGUACAGUCUAAUGACAAUUCUUCUCUUAGCGCAGAUGGUUCGUUUAAUAGGAAAGGCGUUUGAGGAGGAACAUAGUAGACAUCUAGUUGCCAAGAGAAUUCAAAAAUUCAGCACGGUCAAAUCACUCCUAAGGCAUCUAAAUGGAUCUUCGAAUUCAGUUCAAUUGAGCCAUACUAAUGUCUGA